AUGCCAAACCCCAAUCGCCACCACAAUCUUGAAACCCACCACCGCCAUGACCAUGCCAACAGCAACACCCCAUCACCAUCACCACCCAAACCCAGCCCUAAACUCCUUUCUAUAUUCCUUAAAGUCAUUGUCAUGUUCCUUAUUCUAUCCCUAUUCCUCCUCUUCCUUGGUCUUGCCGCCAUCCUUCUCCUCCUUGCCGGCUCAUUUCUCCACCGCCGUCGCCAACGCCUCCGCCUCCGCUCACCCCCACCUCGCACCUCCUCCUCCUUCUCUCUCCACGACAUACAGAACCACCUCCCACCCUUCCAAUACCCUUCCGCGGACAAAUCCACAACCGCGGCCUCCGACGAUUGCUCGAUUUGCUUGGAGUAUUUCAACGAAGGAGAGAUCUGCCGUGUACUUCCGGUGUGUGAUCAUGUCUUCCAUGCGAGAUGUGUCGAUAAAUGGUUAACGAAAGUACCCAAUUGCCCGAUUUGCAGGACCCGGGUCCGAUUAGACGGCGUUGGGCCCUCCGAUUCCAUGAUCAGUGAAGAUGAAACUAAAUUUUUAUGGGCAAUCGGCGUAGCUAGGUAG